CUUGUCGAGGAGCCCUCGAGGACGCUGUCAGGUGCCGUGGCCAGAGGAGAAGGGCGAAGGAAGACAUCGUCGUCCCCUUCCCGCCUUGCUGCAUUGCCUGUCGAUCGCGAGGUGGAAGAUCACAAUCGAACGGGGGGAAGGACGAGGACGAGGAGGCCGUGUUACGGUGCGGUGCUGUGCUCGAAGGCGGAUGUCAAGAAUUGCACGAGGCGACGAUAAUGCGCUCGUUCGAGGCUGCUCCGGAGCAGGUGCGAAGUUGAUCGAAAUUCGUCGGUGAAGCCUCUCUGGCACGGGCUGGCCGAGUCGAAUCUCUGAGCGGAGAGGGUAGGGCAGGGCGGGGCGGGGAGGGGCGGUCGAGGGUUCGCCAUGGGCUGGAUUCGGAGCUCGGUUGCGGAGGCUCCUUCUUCCCAUCUUCGGGGGCCUCCGACCGACGUCGCGCACCUCGCUCUUCUGACCUACUUCGGCCUGGGAGUGGCCUACUUACUCCCAUGGAAUGCCUUCCUCACCGCCGUGGAUUACUUCGAGUAUCUCUACCCGAAUUCGCACAUCGAUCGCGUGUUCACCGUCGCGUAUCUUCUUCCGGGACUCACUGCUAUGAUCUUGAUCCUCGCUUACGGACAGCAGAUGUCUUCUCGGGGCCGAAUCAAUGUAGGGCUGGUAAUGCUCCUCUUCUCCAUUCUUGUGGUGCCCAUCGUCGAUGCCUUGUUCAUUGGUGGAGAUGGAGGCGGGGACAAUUCCUUCGCGCAUGCCGUGACCGUGGUGGCAGUGGCUUUUGCCGGAGUCGGCGACGCUCUGGUGCAAACGACUGUCAUUGGGAUAGCAGGGGAACUCCCUGAUCGCUUUAUGCAGGCCAUCGUGUCGGGAACUGCAGCGUGUGGAGUCUUGGUUUCGCUUUUCCGCAUGGCGACGAAAGCAGCAUUGCCGCAGAAUGUGCAGGGUCUGCGCACGAGUGCCAAUUUUUACUUCCUGGUAGGCUCGGCCUUUCUCGUGGUUAUCAUCUUAGCUUACAACCAGGUUCAUAAGCUUGAUGUCAUGAUUCACUACCAGGACAUGAAGGACUCUGCGUUUAGUGGCAAUGUCGAGGCUGAGGUACUUGCGGCCAGGCGGGAUUUGGAGAACGACAGCAGUACUUUGCUCUGCAAGGCCACGAAUGCUGGAAACGAGCAUUACUCGUCGAUUGCAUCGUCGCGUGGGCCGUCAGUGCCCAGUUCCAAAAGCUUGCUCCAGGCCUUUGUGCCUUUGAAAUGGGUUUCACUCUCCUUCGUCCUGAUUUACGUCAUCACCUUGUCCAUAUUCCCCGGCUUCCUGGCUGAAGACGUGCACUCGGCGUUCUUCAAAGAUUGGUACCCAAUUUUGCUGAUUGCAACCUUCAAUGUGUUCGACCUGGUGGGAAAGUCAGGCACCUUAAUCUACACUCCCACAACACAGAGUGUCACAGUGUCCGGCUCUCUGUGCAGGCUUCUGUUCUUCCCUUUAUUUGCAGCUUGUCUGCACGGACCGAAAAUAUUCCGCACCGAAGGUCCUGUCUUUCUGUUGACGGCUUUGCUAGGGGCCACCAAUGGCUAUUUCACCUCUACCGGAUUCAUCAUUGCUCCUAAAAUUGUCGCGUCUAGCGAAGUAGAGAGAGCGGGCACCAUUAUGGUCAUAUCUCUAGCAGUGGGCUUGACUCUAGGCUCGUUAGUAAGCUGGGUGUGGGUGAUCUAGACAUCAGGCAUUCCGCUCAAUUGUGGUUCGUGACCACUACCACUUUUGUGCCGAAUGACCUGGUUGGAUUCAAAUUGCUGCAACGAACCUUUUGAGUACGAGGUGGCUCUUGUGGAUGCUGGAAGGACGUGCUUCUGUCGUCGUCAUGAACAGCAAGAGGUUGUCCACCGACUGCCGCUCACGGGUUGCUAUUCUCACCAGGACGGGGGAUUCCUCUCGACUCUCAGCUCUUUUGUUUGCAUAUUGGUUGUCGGCACGAGUACCUGCACACUUCUUGUGCGGUUGAGUGCUGUGUAAAUUCCGUGCAUUGUUUUUUGUAUAGCAUCCUCAUUGUAAAUUUGAAUUCACGAGACACUGGAACCUUUUAUUCUUUUCAGAAUCACACACGUGAUCCAUAGAAUGUGACCUCAGUUUCAAAGUCGUUUGCUC